AGAAGAAAGUGAGGUUAUGUUUAUAUCAACUGAUCUGAUGAGUACUCCCCAUAAGUAAAUAUGUACUCGGUUAAUUACGUCUUUUACUAAUCCCUUGUCGACUAUCCUUUGGGUUACGUCUGAUUUUUCCACCUCUGUUACCCUGCGCGGGUCAAUUUUAAUUCAUCCUCACCAUUCAGUAGAUCAGGUCAAACGGAAGUGCGUGUUAUUUACAUUAAAGUUGACGACUUAUCAUCUACUUAUGUCAUCAACAUCAAUCAGUGCUUCAGUGCUCACAUUCACAGCGUUACUUUACUUCACUUUGUGAUAAAUACCAAGUUUGUGAUUAACCAUCAAUGCUGGAAGAAGUAGCCGUAAAUUCAAUCCGGACUUCCAACCUUGUAACUAGAAUAGUUGCAGUCAUGAUGCCCAGGUCUAAGAGAUAUUUCAGCUGGCAAGAAAUUUUUCCUCCCGGAAAUCAUAGUAUGAAGCCACAAUCAGCUAAGUGGUCACAUCUAGGACUAUCACCGAAACAUUUUACCGCUCACUUUAAUGGUGCUCUGCUGGGAACUUGAGGAUUGUCGAUGGGUAUAUCUUAAGCAUCGCCGUUGUUAUCCAGUUCGCUGGAGAACGAGGUGGCUGGAUCUUCUCGGAUAGUCAAAGUGGGUUCAAUUAUGUUUAUCACAGGGUGCGGAAUGGCACAGUUUAUUGCAAAUGCAUAAACCACUCGAUCGGAAGGAAGCGUGCCAGAAAGAAGAAGCCAGUUUGUGAUGGGCGAGGUAAAUUUGAGUUAGCAUGGGCUAACGAAGAAGAUGCUGGUAUCCUUGUCUCCCCAACACAUCCUCAUACAUGCCAACCAGAUUUUGACUAUAAAUACGUCUGUACCUUCCAGAGACAUCUACUGCACUACGCAUACCACAAUCCAUCAUUGCAGCCGAUGCAGAUUUGGUGCAAUGUUUCUCGCGAGUACAGCAAAGAAAUUACAGGGCGCGCUCACCUACACAAAAUGAGGAGAUCCAUCAACAGAGAGAGGGCCAAACAUCAGGCAACUCUACCUAGAACUUUUGAGGAAUUGGAGGUAGAACUUCAGAGGAGCUCCUUAGGGAGGACCCUCGACGAAGGCAAUCCAGUUUUCUUCCAAGAGAGGCAAGAAAUACAAGACCAAGGGGAGAAUCUAAUUUUCUACAGCCAAGGAACUGCAGAGGAAUUCUUCGCAAGAGGAAAUGGACUGUACCACGUUGAUGCUACGUUCAAAGUGGUCCCCAGGACUUCAGGAUGUACACAGCUACUCGUCAUAUUUGGCGUCAAAAAUGACCAUGCUGUUCCUGUAGUUUUUGUUUUAAUGAGGCGGAAGACCAAGGCUGCAUAUUUGCAAAUUUAUAACCACCUGAAAAGCAAGUUCCCCGAGAUGAAUCCCCGGACGUUUAUAACAGACUUCGAAACUGGCAUGCAGGAAGCUAUCAGGGAAUCCUUCCCCAAUGCCAGCAUAGUGGGCUGCUGGUUCCAUUAUGCUCAGAACAUUUUGAAGCAUGCUCGCAUGCUGGGUCUCACUCCGAUACUUCUAGAAGAGGCUGCUGCAAAGAUUUUUAGUUUGUUGCUAGUGCUUCCAUUAUUACCCCCCAAUGAAAUCCUGAGUGGGCUAGAGGACGUAAUUAAAGCAGCGAAGGAUGCAAAUCUCGGUGAAAAACUUAAGCCUUUAACGGACUACAUCAGUGAAACCUGGAUCCACGGCAUUGGUACGGAGUUUUUAAGUGUAUGGAGGCAACCACAGCGGACUAAUAAUAAUUCUGAAAGUUUUGCUGCCCUGUUGUUAUCUUUCAUACGGGCAAAACCUGGACUUUGGGAUUUUUUCAGUAAACUGCAAGAUAUAGAGCAUUUCUAUGCAAGCCUGUUGGAAGGAAUGCGCCAGGGAAACAUAGGUGUCCGCCCACAGAAAAUGAAGUAUGUAGUUCAAGAUGGACGGAUUCGAACAGCUUCAAUUGCACUAGAAAGAGGACGCAUCAGCCGCAUGGACUUUUUAAAUGCAGUGAAAUAUGUCACUAAGACACUUGUAAACGGAGAAGUUGAGAAGGCCAAAAAGAGAGGAUCAGUUGAAGAGGAAGCAGACGAUAAUGAUGAGAUUAUUGGACAGGUUGAGCCUCCUGUGGGUCGUCCAUUUGUGGAAGCACUUGAAAAAUUAGGCAGCACAAGAAGAUUUUCUGGAAAACGAGGCAUCUCUGGAAAAGGCCGUCUACAAAGGGGAAUUUCUAGACCGGCUCCUCUGCGGAAAAAGACUUCUCAUCGGCAAAGAAGGAAAGCUGUACCGAGAGGUGGCAUAAAAAAGCAUGCUAAGAAGCCCAUGUUGAAUAAAGAAGUUCUCGUUUUUGACCGUCCUGAGCCCAUAAUUGAACCUGUUCCUCAAGGAUCAAAAGAUAACCCUGAUAAUGGUCUAAGAGUUGUUAAUGCCAGAAAGAAGAGCUCAAUUUUUUUAAUGUUUGGAAAUACUGCUGAGGAAAAAUCAGAAACAAAGAAGGCCUCUCUUCCUGCUGCAUCUUUAGCUAUCGAAAAUGGACCAAUGAAUCAUGCCGAUCAACUAAGCCGAGAACAUUUUAUUGGAACAGUACAUAAAAUCGACGGAAAUCUUAAUACAGCAAGAUGUAUGGAGCCGGCUAUGACAAAUUCUACCUUAAUUCCUGAGGCACAUACUCCAGCAAGUUACUCGGAGCAUCACUUAUAUGAUUAUUCUCAAGGUAGCGAUACACAAAGUGCUUCAAAUUUCAGCGAUACACUAACUGCUUCAGAAUUUAGCGAAACUGCUUCAGAAUUCAGCGAUACUGCUUCAGCAUGCUCAGAGGCUCCAAAUGCAGUCAUUGAUGCCCUGUUCGCUGAAGCAGGUCCAGUGCUAGAGAGUUGUUCAGUUCCAGGUGCUGGUGAAAAUAUUCAGCCUGAUCAACAGCAGUCCGCCUCCUCUUAUUUUGCAGCUUUCAACCCCGAAGAAGAUUCAGAUGAAGCGGUCCCUCAUGUUGAUGAAAGCCGAUUGGUCCCUCCCCAGUCCAGUGCGAACAGCCGAGAUGAGCUCUUAAACUUGAUGUACGAGGAGGCUCAAGAGGCCGGUUCAUUUCUGGCUAAUGGCUCCGGUGAGAAUUUUCCAAGUGAUGUGCCACCUCAUAUUGAUGAAAGCCUGUUGUCCCCUCUCCAGUCCAGUGUGCCAGAUGAUCCAAAUGAGCUCAUCAACAUGAUGUAUGAAGGGGCCAUUCAAUUUCUAACUGAUGACUCCAGUGAGAACUUUUUAGGUGAUGUGCUCCCUGAAAUUGAUGAAAGCCAGUUGAUGCCUCCCCAGUGCAGUGCAGUCCAGCCCAGUCCAGUGGAUCAAGAUGAGCUCGUCAAACCAGACAAGGAGACUCAAGAGGCCAAUCCAGCUAAAGACUCCGAAGAACCACCCGCCAUUGAGCUACAAGAUGGAAGUGAGGCAGAGACUCCAUCUGAGUCAGGAGGUGAGGAGACACUUAACUAUCUUGAACUGGAGCCAUCGGCUUUUGAUAUGGAAAAGGUUCCAUACUUGGGGAAAUUCUUAACUACAGAUGAGAUGAGAGCAGGCUUGGCUGCACUGAAGAGGAUGAAAGAGUUGAUGCGUGCAAUCAAUGAAAUUGAAAAUAAACAUAUAAGAACAAUUUUCGAUGACCACAUGAUUCCGCUUGAAGAGCAUCCAGGAUAUUGCGACCUUCAAGCGGAAUACCAGGCCAUCCAGUCCCGGCUGACCCUGGAUAAACCUGGGGAGAAUGUUCCUGAUGACUACUUUGAAAGUUUCAUGCCCCCUGCUAAGUCCAAUAGGAAGAAAAAAUUCAAGGGCAAGAGGAAGAGCAAUUGCAAAAGGAGGCGCUGAACUGCUUCUGAAAUUGUCACCGUCCGGGGAAAGUAUCACAAGUGCCAUUUUUACCGAAAUUAAGUUAUGAAUAGUCUCAAAGUAACUCGAUGCAUUCACAUACGAAAAUUAUAAUUGUAUUUAGAACAAAAAUUGAGAACUAUGACUAAAAAUCGAUGAAAGUUGAUGUACUUCCGCAUCACAAGCUCCAACAGGCGCCAAGUUCCGUAACAGCCCACCUUUCUGAUCCUUUACAAUUUUUGUUACAGCAACCCUUGGAAUGACUCAAAGCUAAAUUAUUUUCGUAUGCCAUUAUUUGCAUCUCGUUAUUUAGAGCAUAAUAUAUAUUUUUAGAAUGAAAAUAGAUAAAUAUUGAAAAUACUCCGUAGAAGAUGAUGAAUUUUUGUAUCACAAAGCCACGGUUCGUUAGAACCAAAGUUAAUUGAAAAAACGUAUUACCAGCGGUUUUCCUUCGGAACCUUAAAGUAGGACGUGACCACGUUAAUUUAGGCCCUAUACGAAAUAAUUCGGUCAAGCUCCUGGAGAAUAAAAUCGAUUUGAAGAUUUUUACUCCUAAAUUGGCUGAAAAUUGCUGAUUUCGGAGCAGAUAUUCCAUUAGCAGAAUGAGGCAAUGUUGUUUUUGAUGUUUCAGAGUUGGGGGAGGGUGCAAUAAGUUUUUAAGCCCCCUCCCCCCAAA